UAUCGGCAGCCGUCUUCUCGAAAACACUGUUUUCUCGUGUUUUGAUAAUUGCGUUUUAAGUAAAAACUUGUGUUAUUGUGAGACUUGGAAGUGUUGAUAUUAUUAUAAUUGUGCUAAAGCCAAAAGAACAAAGGUAAAAAUAUCAAUAAAUCCACGCGAAAAUCCGCAAUUUCAUUGCAAAAUAGUGAAAAAAGUGCAAGUAAACAAACGCCAAAAUCACAAAUCACGAUGUCAGUCCCAUUUUUAUUGACGGAAAUUGCGCUAGAACUCUUGGGAAAUAAAUUUUACAACAUAAAUGGCGAUGAGUGUGGUGCCUUAAAAGAUCUUUUUAAUCCAUCGACGGCAAUCAAUUCCGAUGUAGGUGAAAUUAUCGACGAAAAUCAUCUGAUUGCCCAACUUGGACUGAACGAACUGACUUUAUUUGGCAACAACAACAAAAAUUGCAGUGAAAAUAACUCAGAUGGCAACAAAAAUACAAAUAAUAACAAACACUGCAUCGAAUAUUUAGAUAAGCAAUUAACGAAAAUAAUUAGCAGUGAAAAGAGUGAAGAUUCUGCCAGUUCAUCGAGCACCACGUUAAAGUACACACCAAAGCCCGUUUCAUCCGAAGCACUCAAAACUGCCAUCGAUCAAGAACGGAUGAAAAUUUUAUUGGCAUCGGAAAAUGAGAAACAGAUGUUAUUUACAUCAUCCACAACUGCCAUAGAAAAAGUGCAGCUCAAUCAUGUGGAAAAGAUGCGACUUUUGUGCGAGGCCAGCGAUAUCAUCAAAGCGCUCAAGGCGGUGCUCGAGAACGUGGAUGAGGACACGAAAAAGGCAAAAAUUAAUGCGAUUCUGGAGAUGAAGGGUCUCAUUCAGACGGAAUAAGGAAAUUCACUCAUUUAAUUCUCACUUCUUCACUUUACUAUUUCAUUCAUCAGUUCAUCUCAAUUUAACUUUAAGAAGACUUUGAUGGUGUUGGUGAUUUAAAAAAAAAAGUUUUUUUUGCCGAAUUCCUGAACGGUUAAAUUAGAACUGAAAAAAACUUCCUUCUUGUUGCUUCUCCUACUUGAAUAGAUACGCGGGAAGUAGACUCACGAAUGUAUUGUUAGCGAUUUUUUUCUAUCAUGCGUGGCUAAGGUUGAAGGAGUACGGACACAGUGGGAUAAUUUUUGAAAAUAAAAAAAAAAUGUUAAAAAAUUAAAAAAAAAAAAUUAAUUAAAAAUUUAAAGCCUAAUUUAUAAAAAAAAAAUUUGUCUGAAACUUUAAUCUUUUGAAUUAUUUUGAGAUUAAAAAAAAUAAAAAAAAAUUUAAAGUAUUUCUUUAAAAAAAAUU